AUAUAUCCAAUGAGAUGUGUCAGCUGAUCAAAGUGUCCCCCAGUGAUGGGGGGGAAACAUCAAUAUAAAUCAUAUGUCAUUUUGAUAAAUGUCCCUGAAGUUGACUGGAGCAGCCUUUUCUCCCCCUCCCUCACUGUCCCCCUCCCUCACUCGCUCCUGUGUUCCUUCUCGGAGCCGACCUCUACUGUAACGAACCCCUGGCAUCACUGCAGAGCACUGAGGAGAGCAAUAAAACUGCAUCAGACAAGGACAGUUAGGACAAUGUUUUUCCUUGCCACAAUUUGUCUUCUCGGCUUGGCAUCAGCUCAGAAGGUGGUGAAGUUGUCCUACUGCUCAAUAGAUGAGCACCACGUCCGGCUAGAUUGCAAAUAUUCUCUCCCCGCUGAGUCACCGGAAGCUUUUUGCAAAUACACGCAAGGUGAACGACUCCUGGACACCACCAACCCCGAGGAGGAGCAGCACGCCCCCUUCAAGAAUCGCGCCAAAGCCCGCAUUUUCCCGGGCAACAUCUGCCGCCUGCUGUUUAAGAACUUGCCGAAUGGCAAGUCCAACUUCACGUGCAACAUCAAGCAGGGUGACUCGCCUACGGCGUCCAAAACCUCAGUCGUGGAGAAAAAGCUCCUCCUUCCGUGUUCUGCACAGAGUGUCCUGUUACAAAGCUGCAGUGGCCUGAUGUUGGCUUUGAUGACAUUUCCGGUGCUGCUUGCAUUUCAACGGCUGUGAAGCGCCCGAACACCUGGCUGUGUGCUGACACAACGUAUAUCUAGUGAACACAUGCUACUGCAUUUACUGUAGCACUAGCUGAGCAAUAUACCUUAUCUCUACAUAGGAAAUGUGAUUUAGUGAUUCUGUUUCACCAAAUUUAGCUCAGGUUUGAACUCCAAAUGCCAAAUACAGUAGAUGAUGGUUGACCUCAUCAAAACCUGUACAAGAAUGCAUGACACACGAGGUAUAGUUCAAUCAAAUAUAUUUUGGAAUUACUAUCUACGGUAAUGAAAGGGAUGUUUACAUGCUCCUGUAGCUGACACUAGAGCUGGUGCAUAUAUGUCAAGCACAGCGAUGCACGCACUCAAACAAUGCAUGAGACCUGCCAUGUUUGGACUUACUGUAAGGUGAAGGCCAUAUUCACUGGUAAAGAAGAAGCAAACUACGACUGGAAUGAGGGAUGAGAAGCACAGUUUGUUAUCUUAGCGGUAAUGUGGGCUGUUGGAAAAUGUGAGUGUUAGACAUUAGUCAAAAGUACAAUGUGCUUUUGUGUCCACUGAUGUGAGAUUAAACAUUAUAUU